GUAUGAUUUGCUGGUGGAUUGUGUGCCCCAUGUCAUUCAUAGAGUACAUCACCUAAUGUCCUGCAUCAUCCUGUAUCCACAGUUUCAGACACAGUACACUAUGUUUUCUCCUGAAGGAUGAAAGAGGAGCCUUUACGGGGUGAGGCCAAGGGUCGAGGCAGGAGCAGCCCCCGUGUCCUUUUUCAUUACAGCUGGCAGAGGAUUUUACUGCCUUGAAGUACACCGGAAUGUCCAUGGCUUGGUUUCCUGAAGGACAUAAUAUUUUAUUGCACCACGGACGCCAUUUUUCCCAUUCCUUCUUUGGCAGCUAUGCCAUGUGGCAACAAGUGGUUGUGUUGCUUUGGUGGGGCGUGGAAUAGUGGCCCAAGGAAGCUAAAGAAGAGGACGAUAAGUUGCUUGAACAGACCUGCAAGAGCCCAAAAAGCAGAUAGAAGAGAAGCAGAAGACUCCACAGCUUCAAUUCCAAAUACAGACACUACCAGAGUGUGGAGAAGAGGCCUGAGUCAGGUAGAGUGUUGAUAACACUGCAAUGGGCAGAAAGGAUGACAACUCCGAGUACUGGAGAGAUGGCGAUGACUCCAAACCUGAUUUACAAACGGAUACAAAGACUGGAAGUUUCAACCAGUGCAUCCACCGCACCACCUCAGAAACUCAUAACUUGGCUGAUGACAAUGCUGGCAGCGCCAAUGAUGAUGAAGUGGAGGAGGGUCAGAGGGGAAAGAGCUGUGAGGAUGAUGAAGAGGGCCACCUGGCCUAUCACAUCGGCCUCGUGAUGAAAGAAAGAUAUGAAGUUGUCUCUGCACUUGGAGAAGGAGCAUUUGGAAAAGUAGUGAAGUGUAUAGACAGAGAGAAAGAUGAGCACGUAGCUGUGAAGAUAGUGAGGAACAUUGAGUGUUUCUGUGAAGUAGCGAGGUCUGAGAUCGCUGUGCUGGAGGAAAUCAACCGCCUGGAUGAUGAUAACAGAUUCGCCUGCGUGAGGAUGCUGGACUGGUUCGAGCAUGAAGGCCACGUCUGCAUCGUGUUCGAGCUGCUCGGCCUCAGUAUCUUUGAGUUUCUCCGACAGAAUGAGUUCCUGCCGUUCAGCGUGGAGCAGAUUAGACGCAUGGCCUUCCAGAUCUUCAAAGCUGUGUGCUUUCUGCACCGUAACAAACUGACCCACACAGACCUGAAGCCAGAGAACAUCCUGUUUGUGCGCUCUGACUAUGACCUGGAGUAUAAUGAGGACUUGGAGUGUAAGGAGAAGAGGCUGAGGAGUCUUGAUGUGAAGGUUGUGGACUUUGGCAAUGCCACAUUUGACCACGAACCCCAUGAAUCCCUGGUUUCAACGCGUUACUACCGAGCUCCAGAAGUCAUACUUGGUCUGGGCUGGAACCAGUCAUGUGACGUUUGGAGUCUGGGCUGUGUCAUGAUGGAGUUUUACCUAGGACGUGCACUCUUCCUGACCCAUGACAGUAAAGAACAUCUGGCCAUGAUGGAGAAAGUCCUCGGACCGGUCCCUCCACAUCUGCUCAAACAGACCAGGAAGAAGCAUUGUGUGCACAGCGAGUGUCUUAACUGGGACGAUGAAUACAUCAGGAAACACUGUCGACCUCUCAAGCUGUACAUGCAGACGCAGAACGAGGAGGAGAGGCAGUUGUUCGAUCUGCUCAGCUGCAUGUUGGAAUAUGAUGUGUCCAGACGGAUUACCCUUGAGGAGGCACUGUGGCACCCGUUCUUCAGCCCACUGAGGACGUAGAAGCAGCAGCAGUGCAGCUAGCUAAUGCAUGCAUACACACACACGCACACACACACACAUGCACACAUGUUUUCAUAUCUUAGUGAGGACCAGUGUCACGUCAGUGGGAGGAUCCGGGGGUUUCUCUGUGAAUUUCACAUUCCCGUGGCAGCGUGCUCGGUGCUUGCUCAGAUUUGAAGUUCAAGUUUUUGCUGUGGAAAGUAGCUUUCUUCCCACACAGACUGUACAGCAGACGCUAAUGUUUUUGUCACUUUUUACGGAAUAAAACUUAAAGUAAUGUAAGUACGUCCAUGCUUUAAAUGCAGCAUGGUCAAACUCUCUCCUGCACUCCAUAUUAUCCAUUGUUGAUCUACACACGUCUGUUGCUGCCACAGAUGUCGCUCGUAGAUCAUUGUCAUGUGACACUCUAACAAACAAAAUCACGACAGUUUAGUAAUGCAGUAAUGCAGUGUGCUUACGGGAAAGUAACAGUAAUCUCAUUACUUUUUUGCAAUAGUAAUCCCUUACUUUACCCGUUACUUUAAAAAAGUAAUCGGAUUACUUUGGACAGUAAUCCACAGAUGGACAGUAACACGUUACUGUCCAUCUGUGGUGAGGACCUCUCAUUGGCAUAAUGCUUUCCCUAGCCUUACCAUCAAAAAUGAAUACCAUACUAUAACCCGUAGCCUAAACCGAACCAUGACCUAAUAGUAACCCUGACACUUUAACCACAUUUUGAGCCUCAAAAAUACCUUCAAACUCGUGUGAACAGGCAUUUUGUCUCCAUAAGUGACUGUUCGUCCUCACAAGUAUAGUGGCAUGCCAAUUUUCUGUCCUCACAAAGAUCUUUAAACAUGUACACACACACACACACACACACAAACAUACAAAGACGCACUAAACAUCUACCUCAGGCUCUAACUAAAGAGUGCAGAUUAUUUGAUUGCUUGGUUUUUAAUUCUGAAUUGAAUUUUCAGCUGUAUUUAUAGAUUCAAAGAGCAUUCCUGUUUGAAAUAAUCCCACCAUGAUGCUAUAAUCCACACAGUGCUUAAUUCCAUGUUUUCGAUUAUUUUUUUUUUUGUCAGCUGUUUGUAAUAAAGAUUUCAGAUUUGA